GUGACAGCAGGAGGCGCGGAGGAAAAUGAAAGCAAAAGGGAAGCAGUUCCAGUAAAUGGGUGCGGGAGGGGGGCACCGCUUAAAGUCAGUUCGCAGACGCUGCGGCUCCCUCACUCGCACAGAUCCUUUCUCCUGGACCUGCCGCUGACCUGACUCGAACAUGGACUUGGAGGGAGGACUCGAGGAAAUCGUCUCAAAGCUGGGCAUGACAGUGGAGCAGCUGAGGGCCCUGCAGCAGGAGGAGCACAGCAGCUCCUUCGUGACCAAUGACCAGGUGAUGAGGAUGGUGCUGGUGGGGAGAACUGGGAAUGGGAAGAGCUCAUCUGGGAAUGUCAUUCUGGGGGGGAAGUACUUUGAAUCCAAGUUCAGUGCCAGGUCUUUGACCAUCAACUGCUCCAAGGCAGAAGCCGAGGUGUGCGGGCAGAAGGUGGCCGUCAUCGACACCCCGGGGCUCUUCGACACCAGGUUCGGCAUGGGCCAGACCACCAAAGACAUCGGCCAGUGCAUCAGGUUCGCCUCUCCCGGACCUCACGUCUUCCUGGUGGUGGUCAAGCUGGGGAGGUUCACUGAUGAAGAGCAGCAGACGGUGCAGAAGAUCCAAGAGAUCUUCGGUCCAGCAGCUGACAGGUACAGCAUGGUGCUCUUCACUCAUGGAGACCAGCUACCAGGAAGCUUGGAGGAGUUCCUGAAUGACUGUCCGGAGCUUCUGGAACUGGUGAGAAGAUGUAACGGCGAGUACCAGGUCUUCAACAACAAGUCCCCAGAUCGCUCCCAGGUCGUUCAGCUGCUGCAGAAGAUCCACCGAAUCAUGCAGAAGAACGGAGGAAGCCACUACACCAACGGCAUGUUCCAGGAGGCGGAGAGAAUCAUCGAGAGGGAAAAACAGCGUAUACUUGCAAAGAUGGCCGAGAAGAUCCUCCGGGAGAAACAGAAGAUUGAGGAAGACGUGAAAGCUAAAUUAAACCAGGAGAUGGAGACAAUGAAAGCCAUCAUGGAGGCUGAACAGGAGCAAGGCAGGCAGAGGCUGGAGAAAAUGAUGAUGGAGGAAAGGGCCAAAUAUGAGGCGGAGAGAGAGCGAGCCCAAAAACAGUGGGAGGAUGAGAAGAAGAAAAUAGAAGAGAAGAGGAAGGAGCUGGGAGAAAAGGUAGCCAAGGAGAUUGAAGAAAGAAAGAAGGAGAUGCAAACGCAGUAUGAAGAAGCAGCCAGGAAGGAAGCGGAGAGCUGCUGCUACGUCGGGAGUCUGAAUAUAAAUCUGAGCAUGCCUCAAAUAGCGCUUUGGGCCCCCAAGAAGACCUGGGCCACCACACAUGCGCUGCAACUGGCCGACAUGCCCAACAUGAUACGAAUCCAGGGACAGAAGAGCCAGUACGAUAAAUACUCAUCGAUGAAGAAACAUGGCCAAGUUCUGCUCAACUCAGACCAGCUGCAGAAGAUCCACCGAAUUGUGCAGAAGAACAGAGGAAGCCACUACACCAACGGCAUGUUCCAGGAGGCGGAGAGAAUCAUCGAGAGGGAAGAGCAGCGCAUCCUUGCAGAGAGAGCCGAGGAGAUGCGCCGAGAGAAACAGAAGUUGGAGGACAAAAUUAAAUCCAAAUUCAACCAGGAGAUGAAGAGAAACGAAGCAGAGUUCAAGGCUGAAGAAGAACGAGAGAAGCAGAGGCUGGAGACAGCGAUGGAGGAAUGGGCCAACUUUUCUCUCCGCCUCCUGGAACAUGCCGUUGGUGUAGUGGCUUCCUCCGUUCUUCUGCACGAUUCGGUGGAUCUUCUGCAGCAGCUGAGCGACCUGGGAGCGAUCUGCGGACUUGUUGUUGAAGACCUGCUGGUCUCCAUGAGUGAAGAGCACCAUGCUGUACCUGUCAGCUGCUGGACCGAACAUCUCUUGGAUCUUCCGCACCGUCUGCUGCUCUUCAGCCGUGAACCUUCCCAGCUUGACCACCACCAGGAAGACGAACUCCUGGAAGCUUCCCUCCAGCAGGUCUCCGCUGGUGAAGAGCACCAUGCUGUACCUGUCAGCUGCCGGCCCAAGCAUCUUCUGAAUCAUCUGAAGCGUCUGCUGCUCUUCAGCAGUGAACCGUCCGAGACUGAUGACCACCAGGAAGAUGUGAGGUCCGGAAUGGAAUUCCCCGUGGCACUCUUCCCAGUGCCGGUCUUCCCCAGCAACACUAUCCUCAUCUCCGCAGGGCGCGGCUCUGAGAAGAAAAAUGUGGAGGUUCUCUGCGUUGAGACCAAAGUCACCAAAAUUCGAGUGGAUCCAGUUGCAGCAGACUUGGCUACAGACCUUUCUCCCCCGUCUUCCACUGGACCUGGCUCUGACCUGACUCAAACAUGGACCUGGAGAGGGGACGAGAGGAAAUCGCUGCGAGGAUGGAAACAUGAGCAGCUUCUUCUGUGUCUCUCAGGCAUGACAGUGGAGCAGCUGAGGGCCCUGCAGCAGGAGGAGCACAGCAGCUUCUUCGUGACCAAUGACCAGGUGAUGAGGAUGGUGCUGGUGGGGAAAACCGGGAAUGGGAAGAGUGAAACUGGGAAUGUCAUUCUGGGGGGGAAGUACUUUGAAUCCAAGUUCAGUGCCAGGUCUUUGACCAUCAACUGCUCCAAGGCAGAAGCCGAGGUGUGCGGGCAGAAGGUGGCCGUCAUCGACACCCCGGGGCUCUUCGACACCAGGUUCGGCAUGGGCCAGACCACCAAAGACAUCGGCCAGUGCAUCAGGUUCGCCUCUCCCGGACCUCACGUCUUCCUGGUGGUCAUCAGGCUGGGGAGGUUCACUGAUGAAGAGCAGCAGACGGUGCAGAAGAUCCAAGAGAUCUUCGGUCCAGCAGCUGACAGGUACAGCAUGGUGCUCUUCACUCAUGGAGACCAGCUACCAGGAAGCUUGGAGGAGUUCCUGAGUGAAAGCCCGGAGCUUCUGGAACUGGUGAGAAGAUGUAACGGCGAGUACCAGGUCUUCAACAACAAGUCCCCAGAUCGCUCCCAGGUCGCUCAGCUGCUGCAGAAGAUCCACCGAAUCGUGCAGAAGAACGGAGGAAGCCACUACACCAACGGCAUGUUCCAGGAGGCGGAGAGAAUCAUCGAGAGGGAAAAGCAGCGCAUCCUUGCAGAGAGAGCCGAGGAGAUGCGGCGAGAGAAACAGAAGGUUGAGGACAAAAUUAAAGCCAAAUUCAACCAGGAGAUGAAGAGAAAGGAAGCAGAGUUCAAGGCUGAACAGGAACGAGAGAAGCAGAGGCUGGAGACAGCGAUGAAGGAGGAAAGGGCCAAGCAUGAAGAGGAGCGACAGCGAGCCCAAAAACAGAGAGAGGAGGAGAUGAGAAAACUUGAAGAGGAGAAGAAGAGUCUGAAAGACAAGAUGGAUAAAGAAAUUGAAGACAAAAAGAAGCAGAUGGAGAAGGAGUACGAAGAAGCGGCGAGGAAGGAAGCAGAGAGCUGCUGCUAGAGAGCAACCCCUGCUGGUGUGUCUCAGGGAAUAAAGAUCGUUUUAGACAACUGGUGUGCUGCAUUAGUUAUAUCAAAUAAUAA